AUGCCUAUUAUGAACAGGUGCUGCUGCUGUGACGUCAGAAGCGGGACGUUUGUAGUGGCCAUAUGGACAAUGAUAGCAGCUGCUGGAUCCCUGAUCGCAAGCGUCAGAGCCUGGGCUAAUCUACCCGACGGGUACAUCGAAAUCACUGGUAGCCACUUGACCGCUUACUAUGUCAUCACGAUCAUUGUUCAAGCGGGUAUUGAACUGGGCGCUGUAUGUCUUGUCUUUGGAGCGAUCAAGUAUAAGAAAGAGCUGUUACUUCCCUACCUGGUCGCCCAGGGCUUGGCCAUCUUUGUGGACAUAAUCCUUGUGAUUAUUCUCAUCGUUGUCGUUGCUAAUGGCAACAUAUCUAUGUUUAAUUUCCUGGACAUCACUGUUGAUGUGACUGACCCAGAUGUCAUACAGGCUUAUCGCAUCGCAUACGGUAUCGUGGCUGCGGCUCUCGCUGUUAGUGUCCUGAUUGCGCUGCUGUGUUUCUUCUGCGUCGUGUCUUUCUUCCAGCAGCUUCGCGAUGGAUGUCACGAUGGGACCUUACUCAGUGUCAACCAGGACUGCCAGCCGAUCAUGAGCCCCCAACAGAAACAAGGAUACUAUACUUCUUGCUAA